AUGUCGGAAGAUAAACUCGACGAGGGUGUCGAGUACGGUGCUUUCCCAUUUGAUUACUAUAUUGCAGACCAUUGGCCUGAGGGCUUAGAGGAAAGCCCUCAGAAAUGGGAAGAAUUAGACUACCAAUCUAGAGCAGACUUGAAGGUGACUGAUUUGGUAAAUGGUCUGCUGUCUGGCUUGACAAAUGAUCAAAUAAAAGUUUUGAGCAUCCAUCAGUCAAAUUAUGAGCGAAAUAUUUGUGCAAAUCUGGAUACUGGCAUACAGAAAAUCUGGCUUCGGACCUGCUACGAUAAAGACCUAAACGAGAAAUAUGAAAAGAUGAGAGCUGAUGGGGAGGAUGAAAUUACCCUCUUUCGAUGUCUCGACGACAGCAAUUGCUACGCUUUUGAUGACGGAUCGUUGGAUCACUGGCGACAAGUUCUCGUCCGAGUACCGGGAAUAACGGACUUCCGGGGCGUCGGGUACGAUGGAGAUGUCCUCACUUACCAUUCGGGUAAAAACGACGAGGAGAUGCGGGCUCAAUGUGAAGAGAUAGAAGACGAGGAAUCUAGAGGCCUAGCCUUGACAGAGCUAGAGUUUCAAGUUGUGGUGUACCUGCUCGACCGUGAGGCUAUCGAAACGGGUUUGAUCAAGAUGCUUUGGUUGGACGAGCACGGAAACAGUGCUUGGGAGAACCGCGUGGAGCCCUCUAGUCUAAAUUCGCUUUCUGGGGCCUUUAUGAAUGGCAUUCGUUUAGACGAAAUUACGGGUGGAAAUUCCGGCCGAGGGUCUUUGAUAACCGUUUUCAACGUUUUGCAAGCUUCGAUCGAGGAAGAGAAGAUCCCCAAGCCUAUAUGUCAGCUUGAAAAUGAGGCCUCUGUCACCACCACUACUAAGGGUGAGCACUCCAUUGAACUUGCCAAUAUUCACAUGCAUCUUCAGGCAGCCCAACAAGUCACUGCAGAUCCCCAGAAAGCUGAGUUCUUAGAGUACUACAAUAGUUAUUUCACGAAGAGCUAG